CCUGAAUUCAAUAUUUGAACUUCAUUUUCCCAAUUAUCUAUAUGGGGAACAGAUUAAAUAGAAGUACUUAUGUGAUGAUACUUGGAAGAAGCAUAGUAAAAAAAUCUUUUAACAUAUAGUGUUUGCUAACAUCCAUCUUGACGCUGGCCAAGGUGGCAAAGACCAUAGUAAAAAACGUCAUAAAACAAGAGGGUUUUGUUUUGUUUUUUGUUUUCCCCCUUUCUCUUUUCUCCUUUUAAUUCUUCACCAAAAUAACAAAAUGAGAAUAAAAAGAGAACUACUAAAUUGAUGGGAUAUGGGGAUGGGAUGGCAAUAUUUCAAAAAACGAAGCCCAUUAAGAAACGUACAGUAGCACAGGGAGGUGAUAACCUAUCAGAAGUUUGAGAAAUCAAGAAAGAAUCCAACGGUUGAGGAACAUCCAUCCGCGGAAACACGGAGCCGCUUCUGCCCAAUACUUUGGAAUCUCACACAUCCACACACAAAUUGUCCUUUCUUUCACUUAACCCAACCAAUCCGCCCCUUCUCCUCUAUAUAUAUUCAUUCAUCAUCUUCUUCUCCCUUCCCAAUUUCCCUACCUAAAUCUAACCCAACUCCUGAGUUAACUCAUCCCACACUAUAAUCAUCAAAACCAAAUUACUAACCAAUUAUCUUCUCCUUUCUUCUUCUUCUUCUUCUCAUUCACGCAUCUUUGUUUAUUUAUACCCCGCCACCCCUCGUUUUUCUCCCCCCUUUGCCUUUAACCAGCUUUCCUCUUACCUCCUGUUUUCUUGGGGCCAAAGUAGUCCUCCCUAUAUUCAUUCCCUCAUUUCUUGGGACUUUAGUGUUCCCUGUUUUCAUCAACCUCCCUCUCCUUUCUCAUUGUACUAACUAACAUCAGUACAUCAUUCAUUCCCCUUUUCAUGUUCUGUCCAUAACUGUGGGGACACGUCAUCAGGAUCCAUAAUCGUCAUCAUGAGUUGCAAUGGUUGCCGGGUUCUUCGGAAGGGAUGCAGCGAGACCUGUAUUCUUAGACCUUGUUUGCAAUGGAUCGAAACCCCUGAAGCUCAAGGCCACGCCACUGUUUUUGUUGCCAAGUUCUUUGGCCGUGCUGGCCUUAUGUCUUUCAUUUCCGCCGUCCCUGAAAAUCAAAGGCCAGCUUUAUUUCAGUCCUUGUUAUUCGAGGCAGCUGGAAGGACGGUGAACCCGGUAAGCGGGGCGGUCGGGUUGUUAUGGAGCGGGAAUUGGCAGGUUUGUCAGGUGGCCGUGGAGACGGUUCUCCGGGGCGGAACGUUGCGGGCGAUACCGAACCUUCUGAGCGGAUCGUCUGACCCGGAUGAUGCAUCCGAGUGUACCACUGAAAUGUUUAAGCUACAACAGGAUUUCGCCGGUCCAGCUAACCCCGGCGUCGGAAGAUCGCCGAAUUCCAAGAUGAUGAAACGGCGACGCUUGUCUUCUUCCCCCGAUGAUCAAGCCAAGGUGAUGCAGUUAGCCGAUCUCGAUCUAAGCUUAACGCCUGGCUUUCUGCAGGGUGGUUUGACCGGCAGAGCCCGUGGCCCUUUCCCGGAGAAACGGCGGCCGGUUAGUCCGUCCAUGAAUUCUGAAGAAUCUGGGACCACAACUUGCUUUGAGAGUGAUUUCUCUGGUAAUCAGCAGCAAGAAAGGGGACCAAAGCUUCUGAGCUUGUUCAACUAGAUGAAUCAAUAUUUAUGUAAUAUUUUUUUUUUUAAGUUUCAAUUUUGGCUGUUCCUCGAUCACGAGGAUUUUUCCGGGAACUGAAUCCGGCGAGUUUUUGUAAAAUUAUCGGCAGCAAGAUUUCCCUCUCUUUUUUUUUUCAUCCAGGUGAAAAAGAGCUAGCCUAACUAGAUCUUAAACCUUAGCGAGGGAAAAAUGAAAGUUAGCCAUUGAUUCCAUUCCACCAUCUCUUUACUUUUUGUUCGUCAUCUUUCUAUGUACUGUCAAACCCUUUUUGACAUCAAUAAUUCAAAGUGCUCAAUUUUGGUGUAGUGUUAAGUUCUGUUGUGUUUUCCCCUUGCUAAUUCUGCAUCAUUUUCAAGUUGAAUUGACAUUCAUGAUAACUAAUAUGGUACUGCGGGGA